CACUCGUCACAGGCCGGUCGAACGCCACAUCAGUUCUAAAUUUAAUUAACAAAAACUGGGCUAAAACCAGCUAAAAACUGGUGGAAAAGUGAGUUUACCUGCGCGGGAAUACCUAAAGUUCUUCUGCAUUGGCCCAAUCGUAAUGUGCGUUGUGCAAAUCGCGUAGAAAACGAGUGAACACAAUGUUACGUGCCGUGGCUUUGUGUGUGUCUGUGGUGCUCCUAGCACUACAAUAUACGCCGAUAUCUGGCGAAUCGAGUCAGAGCUAUCCCAUCACCACGCUGAUCAAUGCCAAGUGGACGCAGACGCCUCUGUAUCUGGAGAUCGCCGAAUAUCUGGCCGAUGAGCAAGCAGGUCUUUUCUGGGACUACGUUUCGGGGGUGACCAAACUGGACACGGCUCUGAAUGAAUAUGAAACCGAGUCGCAGCAGUACAAUGUCGCUUUGGAACUGGUCAAGAAUCACGUCAGUUCGCCCCAGCUGCCGCUGCUCAAGUUGGUAGUCUCCAUGCACAGCCUGACGCCCAAGAUCCAGACCCACUUCCAGUUGGCCCAGGAGCUGAGGAGCAGUGGCUCGUGUCAGGGCUUCACUUUCGCCCAGGUUGGCUCCGAACUAGCCUGCAGUUUCAACGAGCUGCAAAAGAAAUUGGCUAUGCCAUUGGCCAAGGACAGUUUGGAUGCUGUCAUCGUCACCUACAGCUUUGAUCACAUUUUCCCCGGCAGUGAGAACAACACACGCACUGUUGUGUUAUACGGCGAUUUGGGCAGCUCACAAUUCCGCACCUAUCACAAGUUACUGGAAAAGGAGGCAAAUGCUGGCAAGAUUCGUUAUAUCCUGCGUCAUCAGUUGGCCAAUAAGGACAAGCGACCAGUGCGCCUAUCGGGCUACGGCGUGGAACUGCAUCUGAAGAACACGGAGUACAAGAGCCAGGACGAUGCACCCAAACCCGAAGCGGGCUCCACUUCCGAUGAGGAUCUGGCCAAUGAAUCCGAUGUUCAGGGCUUCGAUUUCAAAGUCCUCAAGCAGAAGCAUCCUGCUCUCAAAAGAGCUCUGGACCAAUUGCGUCAGCGUCUGCUCCAGGGAAACGAUGAGAUUGCUCAACUCAAAGCCUGGGAGUUCCAGGACUUGGGCCUCCAGGCCGCCGCUGCCGUGGCUGAAAUUCAAGGGGAUGAAACUCUGCAAAUUCUGCAAUACACGGCCCACAAUUUCCCCAUGCUGGCACGGACUCUGCUGGCCCACAAAGUGACGGAUGGCCUGAGGGCGGAAGUGAAGCACAACACGGAAGCCUUUGGCAGAAGCUUGAAUGUGGCUCCACCAGAUGGUGCACUCUUCAUCAACGGACUCUUCUUCGACGCCGACACCAUGGAUUUGUAUUCGCUGAUUGAGACGUUGCGCUCGGAAAUGCGUGUUCUCGAGAGCCUGCACAGCAACAAUGUGCGCGGUAGCCUGGCCAGCUCUUUGCUGGCCCUGGAUCUUACGGCUUCCAGCAAAAAAGAGUUCGCCAUCGAUAUCCGGGACACUGCUGUGCAGUGGGUUAACGACAUUGAGAACGAUGCUCAGUACAGGAGAUGGCCUUCGUCGGUGAUGGACCUCCUGCGUCCAACUUUCCCCGGAAUGCUGCGCAAUAUCCGCAAGAAUGUGUUCAACUUGGUUUUAGUGGUGGAUGCACUGCAGCCCAUCGCCAGGAGUGUGAUCAAGCUGUCCGAAUCGUUUGUCAUCCAUCAAGCUCCCAUUCGCUUGGGUUUGGUCUUCGAUGCGAGGGCUGCCAGCAAGGAUAAUCUUGAGGAUUACAUAGCCAUCUCGUGUGCCUUCAACUAUGUGAGCCAGAAGAAGGAUGCCCGAGCUGCUCUGAGUUUCCUCACGGACAUCUAUGCAGCCGUGGGUGAGACCAAAGUGGUCACCAAAAGGGACAUUGUAAAGCAACUGGCCAAGGAGUUUACUACCCUAAGCCAAAGCAAAGCGGAGGAGUUCCUUGAGGAGGAUUCCACCUACGAUUAUGGCAGAGAGCUGGCUGCGGAGUUCAUUCAGCGGCUGGGUUUCGGCGACAAGGGACAACCUCAGGCUCUGCUGAACGGUGUUCCAAUGCCCAGCAACGUUGUGACCGCUGACAGUGACUUCGAGGAGGCCAUCUUCACCGAGAUUAUGACCCACACUACCAAUCUGCAAAAGGCAGUGUACAAGGGAGAAAUGACGGACAGCGAUGUGGCCAUUGAUUACCUGAUGAACCAACCGCAUGUGAUGCCUAGAUUAAAUCAGAGGAUUCUCAGCCAGGAGGAUGUUAAAUAUCUGGAUGUAAAUGGCGUGGCCUACAAGAAUCUCGGUAAUGUUGGUGUCUUAAAUCGUCUGUCGAAUCGUGACAUGACCGCCACUUUGAUGGAGAAUCUUAAAUACUUUGGCGGCAAGAAGUCAACGGAGCUGAUUGGCCGAUCAUCGCUGCAGUUCCUCACCAUCUGGGUAUUUGCCGAUCUGGAGACAGAAGAGGGUCGCGCACUGCUGACCCAUGCCCUGGAAUAUGUCCAGAGUGGAGAGAGUGUGCGACUGGCGUUCGUUCCGAACACAGAAAGCUCUUCCGGAUCGGACAAGCGGAAUCUUAACCGUCUGGUUUGGGCCGCCAUGCAAAGUCUGCCGCCAACUCAAGCCACCGAGCAGGUUCUCAAGUGGCUGAAGAAACCAAAGCAGAAGAUUGAGAUACCCUCGCAGUUGGAGGAUAUCCUGGGAUCCACAGAGCUGCACUUGAAGAUGUUGCGGGUAUACUCGCAGCGUGUGCUGGGUCUGAAUAAAUCCCAGCGAUUGGUCAUCGGCAACGGACGCCUCUACGGUCCUCUGUCCUCGGAGGAAACCUUUGAUAGCGCCGAUUUCGCUUUGCUGGCCAGGUUCAGUUCGCUGCAGUAUGGCGAUAAGGUGCGCCAGGUGUUGAAGGAAUCCGCACAGGAUGUCGGUGAGGAGUUCACAAGCGAUACUCUGGUCAAGCUCUAUGCCAGUUUGCUGCCAAGACAGACUAAGACACGUUUUAAGCUACCCACGGAUCUGAAAACCGAUCAUUCGGUUGUGAAACUUCCACCCAAACAGGAGAAACUGCCGCACUUCGAUAUUGCCGCCGUUUUGGAUCCCGCCUCGCGUGCAGCCCAAAAGCUUACGCCCAUUCUGAUUUUGCUCCGUCAAGUGCUGAACUGCCAACUGAAUUUGUACUUAAUUCCCGUGCCCCAGCACAGCGAUAUGCCCGUGAAGAACUUCUACAGAUAUGUUGUGGAGCCAGAGGUUCAAUUCGAAGCGAACGGCGGUCGAUCCGAUGGUCCGUUGGCCAAAUUCAGCGGGUUGCCAGCCAAUCCUCUGCUGACGCAGCAGCUGCAGGUUCCCGAAAACUGGUUGGUGGAAGCUGUGCGGGCAGUUUACGAUUUGGAUAACAUCAAGUUGACCGACAUUGGUGGACCCGUGCACAGUGAAUUCGAUUUGGAGUAUCUGCUGUUGGAGGGUCAUUGCUUUGAUGCCGCCAGUGGUGCGCCACCCAGAGGACUGCAGUUGGUGCUGGGCACCCAGAGUCAACCCACUCUGGUGGACACCAUUGUGAUGGCCAAUUUGGGUUACUUCCAACUGAAGGCCAAUCCCGGAGCUUGGUCGCUGCGCCUGCGUGAUGGAAAAUCCUCGGAUAUUUAUGCAAUAAGUCACAUUGAGGGAACCAAUACCCAUCACACGGCGGGAUCAACUGAAGUUCAGGCAUUGAUAACCUCGCUACGAUCCCAUGUCGUCAAAUUGCGAGUGUCCAAGAAGCCGGGCAUGCAGCAAGCAGAACUUCUAGCCGAUGACAACGAACAGGCAGCGCAAACCGGCAUUUGGAACAGCAUCGCCAGCAGUUUUGGUGGCAGCAAUGCUAAUCAGCCAACUGCGGAUGAGGAUACGGAAACCAUCAACAUUUUCUCCGUGGCAUCGGGUCAUCUCUACGAACGUCUGCUGAGGAUCAUGAUGGUGUCGCUGCUGAAGCACACGAAAUCGCCCGUUAAGUUCUGGUUCUUGAAGAACUACCUGUCGCCGCAGUUCACGGACUUCCUGCCGCACAUGGCCAGCGAGUACAACUUCCAGUACGAGUUGGUCCAGUACAAGUGGCCGCGCUGGCUGCAUCAGCAAACGGAAAAGCAGCGGACCAUUUGGGGCUACAAGAUCCUCUUCCUGGACGUGCUCUUCCCCCUUAACGUGAGAAAAAUCAUAUUCGUGGAUGCCGAUGCCAUUGUGAGAACCGAUAUCAAGGAGCUUUAUGACUUGGAUCUGGGAGGAGCGCCAUAUGCCUACACGCCCUUCUGCGAUUCGCGCAAGGAGAUGGAGGGCUUUCGUUUCUGGAAGACCGGCUACUGGCGAAGCCAUCUGAUGGGCAGGCGCUACCACAUUUCCGCUUUGUAUGUGGUGGAUUUGAGGCGAUUCCGAAAGAUUGCUGCGGGCGAUAGGCUGAGAGGUCAGUAUCAGGCACUCAGCCAGGAUCCGAACAGCUUGUCCAAUCUGGAUCAGGAUUUGCCCAACAACAUGAUCCACCAGGUGGCCAUCAAGUCGCUGCCCGACGAUUGGCUUUGGUGCCAGACGUGGUGCAGCGACAGCAACUUCAAGACCGCCAAGGUGAUCGAUCUGUGCAACAAUCCGCAGACCAAGGAGGCCAAACUCACCGCCGCCCAGAGGAUUGUGCCCGAGUGGAAGGACUACGAUGCGGAGCUGAAGACCCUGUUGGCUCGCAUCGAGGACCACGAGAAUGCGCACGGCAGGGACUCCAUUGCCGAUGAUUCGUCUGAUGAUUCAGUCACCACUGUGACGCCUUCUCAUGAACCCAAACACGGCGAGCUGUGAUCAACGCGUAGUUAAAUCAACACGAUUAGUGAAUUUAAGUCAGAUAUCGAUGGAUCCACACUGAUUACUUAGCUAAGUCCCAUCCCCCGACAUAACGACUAAAAACACAUUUGUACAUUUUAAUUAGAACUUAAUGCGAUUGAUAACGUAAACAACAAAACAGCUCACUAAAGUCUGAAUUGUUCCUUUAACUCGAUUUCAAAACGAUUUCCUUGUCUUGCAUUCCAAGCGCUCUGGCCACUAAUUGAAUUAAGCUGAAUUUGAAUGUCAUUAAAUUGUAUACACUCGGAAGGCGCCUUUAAGUUGAAAAGUUUUUCAAAUGUAUUAAAAGUUGGAGUGAAUAGUA